CGGAUAAUAAACGUCGUUUUGUUGAUAAUUUUGUUAAGAAUUUGAUCACACUCAACAUGACUCGUACGUAUCCCUUUUCUUAUAUUUUAAUGAUUUCAUGUCAUUAUCUGCGUUUAUUCCCCCGUAUAAAACCAAUACAAUGCUCUGAAAAACGUUCGCUGAAUUUUUGCUUCCUGGUCAAAAAUUCAGUCGGUCAUUUGCAUAUUCCGAUGAUCUUUGGCUUGACCCUACUCGGAAUCAAGUUCGGUUGAUGAUGGCGGACGCUAAACCAAAAUCGAAUCGGGGAAGAAAACCCACACUGACUGAUUCUGGGCGGAGAAGAAAGAAAAAGGAAACUAAUGCUUUGAUUAACAGGUCCCGUUUAUAUGUUGGUGAGCAGUACGAUCGCUGGAACACUUUGAAAUUGACCCUUCGUCUACAGACGCAUGCUGAAGUUGCCAAAGUUUUGCUUGAUCGGUAUGAACAAAGCGAAAAAGAUUUUGUACAGCCAGUUCUUCAGACAAGGAAUGUUGCAAUGGCUUCACCUGAUUUAACAGUAAAACAUGGUCUGACAUCAACACCAGGGAUUCUCAACACAGAUUCUACAGAUAGUGAUCGGGCAAUAUCAGGCGUAGGAGCAUUACCAACCAAGAGGCCAAGGGUGGAAAAAUCAAAACAAUCAACGAGAAUUGCACAAGAGUCGGAUAAAAAGGAAUUGCUGCCUUGGACGAAAGACAUCAUGAAUCAUUUUUGGUAUGCAGCACAAGUUAGUGAUACAUAUGAAACUUUCAUAGGUGUAUGGUUUGGACUACUUCAUCAUGUCACUGAUGAGCAUGAAUGGAUUUUACCCUUCAAUGACAGUGGAAUAAAUGCAUGUCAACAUGGUCCCCUGACUGAGGAAAGAACCAAAGGGUGGCUGGAAAAGAAUUCCCCUGCUCACAAUGCCCUGCGCUAUGUUGUCAUGGAUAAGAGACGACUGAAUCAGAUACACUACUAUUUAAACUGCAGGAGUACUGCUGAGCUUGAAAACUUUCAAAAUUCGAUACUGGUGUACGCCUCAAAAAGAUUUUCCUACAGUCCACCCACAUACAGGGCACGGAAUCUUCUUGCAGCCUUAGAUCACAAUGGUCACGCAGAGAGGGAGAUAAAGAUCAACAAGGAUGGAAGUGUUAGGUAUCAGAGGUCUUUUAACAAAAAAACUGGGAUAUGGUCUGUCCAUGAAUUGAAGGGGGAUAAAACUUAUAGUUACAUACAAUCUCUAGUGGAAAAGAUCGUCAAAAGAAGAUUAAAUGAUGAAGGAAUGAGUGGCAAUGUUGUCUUGGAAGCAGAUGAUCCAAGAAGAAUAUCGAAAACUCUGGCCCGCAUUCCUCCUCCCCCAACUGCACAGCUUGUGAAGGAGAGGAAGUCUCGAUUUGAAGAUCCAGACAAAACAUUCGACUAUUAAUGGGACUCUUGAAAAUAUAUUUAUUUGUG